ACGCUGUCCAGCCAGAUGAGUUCUUCCAGCAUUUUGUGUGUGUUACGUUGGAUUUCCAGCCUCUGCAGAUUGUCUCCUGCUUGUUAAACUUUCCAUGACUCUGUCGUCCCAUGUGUGGUCAAGGAAAGAUUAAUGCCGCGUCGCCCAACUCCCUCGCGUUUUGAAAGAUUUGAUCUUAUAGAUCGUACGGCAUUGCUUGCAGCUAGGUGGAGCCUGUCUUCCAUUCCGCCUUUGGUUUCAAGCGAUUCAAUUUCUUACACAGUGACGGGGGAUACUAAAUUCUAGGGAUGCUGGGAAUCUCGAGCAAUACACACAAAAUGCUGGAAGAACUCAUUUCGAUGGGGAGAAACGAUCUCUCUGAGUAGUUUAAACAAACCCGUUCACAAGUUUUUGCUGCCAAGUUUGACUUGUGUUAACUCGCUGUCUUUUAUCUCAAAGUGGAAUAGUUGUUAAGGGCCGAAAAUUCACAACCUUGUCGGGCGGGCAGGAGCAAGAUGGAGGAAUGGUCAGGCUUUCCAAAUGGAGUCCAGAGAAGUACUUCACAGAUGUUGCAGAAGGGAGAGUAGCAGUGGUUGAGUCUCCUUCCUCCCCACGUGCUCUCCUCGAUGUGUUGGCUGAACUUUGCACAAUUUCAGUUGCCGUCAUUAUUUCGGGGCCAGUCUGAUUGAGAUAACAGCAAGAGCUCCAAGCUGAUCAGUCACAAUUACCAAGAUGACAGGCAUCCUUGCCAAUUCCUGCUCUGGUGAGGAAGUACCUGGAAUCUUAACAGAUGGAAGUUCUACUCUUCUAGUUUGAAGAAAUUGCCCAAUUACAGAGAUAUAAAAUAAAUUUGAAGAGAAAGCCAACCUCAUUUCUAGACUCCAAACCAUCAGUGUAAAAAAAUCAUCAUUUGACUCAAUAUAAUUGCAGUUCGACAUGCAGUGGUUGUUUACAUUGUAUUGUUGAUCAACCUGCCUGCCUACUGGAAAACAUUAAAAGGUGACUCAAUGUCACGGUGACUUUCAAAAGUACUGGCUUGAUUUGGAAGAAAACACUGGCCGAUUCAUCACAAUCUUUCUGAAAACUUCAAUUAUUCUAUCACGUAGAGUCUGUUUCAUGGGAGUACUCCAGAGCUGAGCUGGGUUUGCUGCAUCCACCCUGUGAGUUCAGUGCACAUUUGCCAUAAUUCACUGCCCACUGAUUCACUGACAAGGAUCCAUUCCUUGUUCCUCAUUUUGCACUGCUAUCAAGCACACUUCAGUAUAUUGGGCAUGGCCAAUAUGUGCAGGUGGAAGAAGCUUAGGUAUUUCUUCCAUGUAUCGUUUCUCGCAUUGCUGUUGAUUACUGCACUUAUUGCUAUUACGAACAAGAGGUACUUCUUACAACACCAGAUCAUGACACUGAAUAAAUGCAGCUGCAGCCGCUGUGUCUCUGAAUUAGGUGUGUCAGAAUGGUUUGACAAACGCUACAUUUCCAACAUGAUUCCCAUCCUGAUCAAAAGUAAUAAAACUAUUCCCAUGGUGUCUUAUAAUUGGUGGAAGAGGCUUCAAGGUAACACCAAUGAAUCCAAUAUCGGCACUGUAUUAGAGCAACUAUUUGAGCUAUUUCCGGGAGACAGCCUGCCCAUGGACGCCGGGCCAAGAAGAUGCAGGACGUGUGCUGUGGUAGGGAAUUCUGGGAAUUUGAUAGGAUCCAAUUAUGGACCAAUAAUUGACACUUACGAUUUUGUGAUGAGGAUGAACCGUGCAGAGACAGUUGGCUAUGAGGCCGAUGUGGGUCGUAAAACUACACAUCACUUCAUGUAUCCUGAAAGUGCACAAAACCUAGCAGAAAAUGUUUCUUUGGUCCUGAUACCAUUUAAAAUAUUGGAUUUACGGUGGCUAAUAAGUGCCUUUACCACGGGCAAUAUCAGACGUACAUAUACUGGAGUGUUGAAUAAAAUCAAGGCAGAUAGAAAUAAGGUAUUAGUUGUGAACCCACAUUUUUUUAAGUACAUUUGUAACAACUGGAAUGAGAAUCAUGGGAAGUACUCAUCAACUGGAAUGAUAGUCCUAAUUUUUGCACUUCAUGUCUGUGAUGAGGUGGAUGUUUAUGGAUUUGGUGCCAACAGAUUGGGGCACUGGCAUCAUUACUGGGAGAAGAAUUCGGGAGCAGGAGCUUUUCGAAAAACAAAAGUUCAUGAUGCAGAUUUUGAAGCCGAUGUCAUCCAGACACUCGCCAAUAUUAGCAAAAUACAGAUUUUCAAAGGUGUUUAAGCCUGCAAGAAUGUGACUCAUGUCCAGGCAAAUGCAUAUUAUAAUUGCCUGUGUUCAUUGAGGUGAUGGAAAUGCGAACACUAUCUUAAACUCAGACAAAUUGAAAGAAAAACUAUUCUCUACCAUAAUGUGCCUUAACUUUAAACUUAAAAGGACAUUCUUACUGUGAGAUUGUGGUGUUUUUCCAAUUUUUAGAUUUCCUCUAUCAUUUUGAUUCUAUUGAUUGUAAUUCUUAAUAAUACAAGUAUUGUGUAGCUGGCAACUCAGUUAGCAAAACCUCAACUCUGCAUAUUUACCCUCAGCUUUGGUGAAGAAAGAUAGCCAACCUGACAUGAAUUUUAGUUGCAAGUCUAGAAAGAUUCAAGAUUCAUUAGGGUCCUUUGCAUGGUUAACAGGUUUUCCAUACAGAAAUAACUGAUUUUAAUGUUUCAAAAGGCAGGAGAAAAACUCUCCUCUUGGUUUAGUGCCUUAGUGGCUCAAAAGUUGUCUUGGCAACAUGUGUGCACAAAGCCAUCUGAUGAGGCUGGCGUUGGGACUUCAACAUGAUUCCAGCACUGUGAGUAGAUUGUUGUUGCUUACCAUCUAGAUUUGCAGUUGGGUGAGAUUACCCAGAAUCACAUAUUAGCAUUCUGGAAUCAUAUCCUAGGAUGUCCUCAAUUCUAUAACAUUUAGAAGAGUAGUGAAGAUCAGAGAGUAAGUACAAGGAAGUAAAAAACGUGGACACAGUCAUCGCGUGCAACUGCACUAUGCCUAUAUGUUCAUAAAAAGGCUACUUAUUAACUGUGAUUAGGAAUUGACAGUUAAGCUUUUUCUUCCAUUCUUUCUAUGAAUUACUCAGACAACUUACUUUCAAGACUUUUGAGAUCUUGUGCAUUGAGGUGUUUAAUAAGGAAGACUUCCCAUUCGGAUCUCAGCUUGAAGAAUGCUAAGGAUGUCUCUGGUGUCUCCAGAAUAAAAUGAUCAAUAAGUGUUCCUGUGCUGACUUACGACAGCUGCAAGGGAUACUCUUGUAGUUGUAAAGUGAGGGUUAAAUCAAAAGAAUUUUGUUAUUCUUCAAAACAACUUGCCUUACAUUCCCUAUGAAAGAUUAGCUGAGCAUUUAAGCAUUUGCAUCCUGUGGAAAAGGUACUACAACAGAAAUCAACUUUCUCCAUAAAAACCUCUGCCAAUAGUUUGAUUUUCUCAGUUGAUGUAAUAGCACAAGAUGUCUAUGAAGAUAAGUCAGGGCUUUGAUAGAACUGAAAUGUUCACAGGAGAACAUCCACCACAGAAAGAAUAAAAAUUGCUUUAUGGACAGAAACAGGACUUUUAAAAAGAACAAAUGUUAAUGCUUCAUCUGCUACCAGACAAAUAGCCUUAAAGAGGUGGUAGAAGGAAAUGAAUUUACUAGUCCGGUGGAGCUAAGUGCAUUUGUGGCAAAGAAAGGACCUACUGUGCAUUUAAUCACAAACAAGAGAAAAUCUGCAGAUGCUGGAUUCCAAGCAACACACACAAAAUGCUGGAACUCAGAAGGCCAGGCAGUAUCUAUAGAAAAAAGUACAGUUGAUGUUUUGGGCCAAGCUGGGAAAAAAAGCUGAGGAGUAGAUUUAAAAGAUGGAGGGAGGAGAGAGAUGAACACAAGGAACCUCCCUCUGGUGCUCCUCCCACCUUUUCUUUCUUCCAUGGCCUUCUGUCCUCUUCUAUCAGAUUGCCCCUUCUCCAGCCCUGUAUCUUUUACACCAAUCAACUUCCCUGAUCUUUACUUCAUCCUUCCCCCUUCAGGUUUCACCUGUCUCCUUGUAUUUGUCUCUCCCUCCACCUUUUACACAUAAAGAGAGGUCAUAUUGAAAUAAAGUCUACCCUCGUAGGAACCUACUCAGAUUCACGCAGACCCACUGGAUCUUUAGGGUUAAUUCCCUGAAUUAACCUUUAAAAGCCUAGAAAUUAAGAAGGUGCUAACUAAACUUAACCAUAUUUCAGUGGAAGGGUAUUGUCACUAAUUUAGAUUCCAGAUAAAUUCUGACUCCACUGGUGAACAAGUAAUUUUCUAUCAACUAUAUUGUUGAGAGCCAACUUAACACCUGUGGGUCCAUGAAUUGUUCUCAGAAUCAAGGACCUAUAGGGAAUUAUGUUUUAUUUCAAACUUAAUAAUGGGUGGAAUGAAAAAUAGGGUACAGUUUUUGAAGUUGAGGUGAUGGAGAUGUAAUAAUUCUGUAUUCUCUUGAAUAUUGUGUAAGAGGUUUCUUCUUUUAUGUUACUGUGUAUGGUAAUUAAAAUGGCUUCUUUGUUAUGUUAAAUGCUGAGAAAGUCUCAAGCUAGCACUUUGCUUGGGUUAUAACAGAUAGCAGAGUACUAUGAACCAAUGGGUGUCCAUGUUAUUCUUUCUUGGGGUGAUGUGCUGUCUCAUAUGGCUGGGAACCAGGGGCUUUUGGCGGGGAGAUGGAAGAGAGACCGUGAGGAGGACGGACGUGCAGGGAAAUCUCAGAUUAUCACUCCGGGUGGUCCCGAGCUGCGAGUCGAAGGGGUCAGAUUGGUUCCGAAGAGGUCCCCGAGCUCCAACGUGUGCACGAAGAAAUUGAACUUUGAUAAGUCUGGCGCCUUUUCCAUUCCUUUUUUUUUAUUGAACUUCUAUUAAUCUCAUAGACUUAGCAAUAUCUAUAAAGUGUAAUUGGUGAACCGUACGUUGUGUGUUGGCUGAUGAUUGGUGUUUGAAGCUGGAUCAGGUGGCAGUUGUACAGCAACCGACAUCACCAGGAGACAAGCUGGGUGUUGGACAGGGGUUUCCCCUGGAUAAAUACGAGCCAAUAUAGCCGAGCGUUAUAUUAGUGGGGGCAGAUGACCGGGUUUGGAUUUUCGUUAAAGCUGUAUAAGUCGCCACGUUAAGUAGUACGAAGGUGGAUCGAGAUAGGAUUGUAAGCUGGUGUGAGGUAAGAGGACGUACCGGU